UUGUAUUCAUCUUCCCACUCCACCUUCCUCUUCACGCACAGAAACAGAGCACGCCGCACAAGGGUGUCAUCGAUUUGGCCGGGCAUGGCCUCACCGGCGGUAGGAGUGGGACAGCGAGACUCCCUGCUAUUUCGUGCACCCUAGGGUUCAGGAGGUCGGACGGAGCGCUGCACGUGGCCGACCAGCCAUAUGCGGCGGCGCAGCGGUAGGCGUUCACGGCGGCGCGCACGGUUUUCCGGCGAACUGCGGCCAUGUGGGAAGGUACGAAGGGUCGGGGAGCAGCAUGGGCGUACCUUAGUGGGGGGCGCUUGCGUCAGUACAGCAGGAAUAUACCCGCGCCGAGCUUCUCUCGUGAAAGCGCGUGGGCGGCGGCCAUGGCUAGCGGCGGCGCACAUUGGCAACGGUAGGAUCCAAGCGGUUCCCAUGGUGGUAAAGCAAUUUCUACAAGUUCUGGAAGCGCGCGCAGAGCCGCCGAGCUCGAGUCGGUGUCGGAUUGCUCCAAUUCGAUCUGCUCGCGGAAACGCGUCGUUCUCACGCUUCAAUGCACACGAACUCGAGUCGGAAUCAAUCCGCUCGUUCUACUAUAAAAUAAAAGACACACCAAUUUGCCAAUUCCAUCCGCAUCCGCUCGUCACAGCUCUCAUCCGCCGGCUUGCCCGCAUCCGCCGGCCGAUCCUACACGCCAGCUUGCCCGCAUCCGCCGUCACCAUGGCCAACGAGCAGAGCGGAUGUCCCCUGCGAAGGUGGAGGCCGUUCUACGGCGCCUUCGGCGCUAUCGACGACGCGAUCGAGGAGGCAGGCGGCCACCCGCGCGCCGCGUUCAAGGACGUGAGGGUCCGGAUCCUCCAGCUGCUCCGCGCCGCGACGGACGACGGCGUGGCCGAGCAGCUCUGCGGCGCGCUCGACGAGGCCAUGGCGGAAGCGCUCGAGACUCUCCGGGUGGCGCCCGUCCCGCACGGCUUGCUGGCGUCCACUGAUCUCGCAAGGACCGUCGGCGCCCUCGAGAAGCACGGCUCGCCCCGGAUCCGCAGGCUCGCGGGCGACGUCGUGCGUGGGUGGACGGCCGGCAACGUCGCCACAACUACAGCGGUCAAGGAGGAGCUCGGCAAGCUCUCUGCUGAUGAUCGGAUCCCACGCCGGAGCACCUCUGCAGUGAUCGCUGAUGGCAAUGCGCGUGGACACAAGGAGAAGUUGCACGUACAGCCUGCGAAGAUGCUUCCCACCGCCGAGUCAGGCAAGAAGAAGCUACACAUACCGCCGGCGAAGAUGGUUCCUGCCGUCCCCGUCGCGGAGGCAGACAAAAAGAAGGUGUAUGUUCCUCCAGCGAAGAUGCUGCCGACCACAGCUACUGUGUCGAUACCUAACACGAGUGAGACCAAGAAGCCAGCCGUCGACGAGAGCAAGAAGAUGGAGGCUACAAAGCGCAAGUUGCGUGAGGGUUACGAAGAAGCCGAGAAGAUCAAGCGUCAACACAUCAUUAAGAAGAUCAAUGACAAGGACGCAGCCAAGAUGUUUGAGCAAAAGCAACGGAAGAUGCAUCCCGUCGUACGAAGGAGAUCAGGCCCAGCAGCAUGUAGGACCUCAUCAGGCGUCAGGCGUUCGUUGCUUCCCUCUCUUCAGAUGAUUUAGGGUCUGGUCUAGUUCUUUGAUGACUAUUAUUAGGGUACUAAUGUCAGUUACAUCUGUGUAUGUAUAAUGAGUUGUAAUCAUCAGUACUGAAAAAGAGCAAUUUUUGGCCCUAUAGUGUUUGCUGUGAUUGGCCAGUUUUGUCUUCAAUCAAAUGCAGAGAAGAUGCACAUCUCCUGAAACA